AUGCCAUCAACAACACCAUUCACCUCGCCGGCUUGGAAAAGAUGUUUACCGCUGGCGAUCAUCCCACUCGCUUUCCUACUGCUGGCCAAUCGACUGGAUGCGGUCAACCACUCUAACAACUGGGCCGUCUUGGUUUGCACCUCCAGAUUCUGGUUCAACUAUCGCCACAUUGCUAAUACUUUGGGCAUGUAUCGGUCCGUGAAACGACUCGGGAUUCCCGACUCCAACAUCAUCCUCAUGCUGGCAGACGACAUGGCGUGUAACCCAAGGAACAUGUUCCCAGGGACGGUUUACAGUAAUUCGGAGAGGAAGUUGGACCUCUACGGCGAUGGGAUCGAGGUCGAUUACCGAGGAGAGGAAGUGUCCGUCGAGAACUUUAUCCGCUUGUUGACCGGUCGAGUGGCUGAAGGGACUCCCCGAUCGAAAAGACUGAUGACCGAUGAACGGUCUAACAUCCUGGUCUAUAUGACCGGUCAUGGUGGAGACGAGUUCCUCAAAUUUCAAGACGCAGAAGAGAUCAGUGCAUUUGAUCUCGCCGAUGCAUUCCAGACGAUGUGGGCCAAAAAACGGUACAACGAGCUGCUUUUCAUGAUCGAUACUUGCCAGGCCAAUACGAUGACUAGCAAAUUGUACUCGCCCAACAUCGUCGCUACCGGUUCAUCAGCCAAGGGCGAAAAUUCUUAUUCUCAUCACGCAGAUUCUGACAUUGGCGUGGCUGUUGUGGAUCGAUUUAGUCACUUUGUUUUGAGUCAUCUGGAGGGCAUGAAUAAAACAUCAUCAUCAACUCUCCAAGACUUUGUUAAUGCAUAUUCCUACGACAUCUUCCACUCAAACCCUGGUGCACGUUCGGAUCUGCUGGGUCGAUCGAUGAGUGAAGUGCUAAUGACAGACUUUUUCGGCGGGGUCAGUUCGGUAGAACUAGCCGCUUUACCAGCCGACAGUCCGGUGGGGAGCGCUGCUGAGCCGACAAAGCCGGAAGCUAUCUGGAAGCUGACCACCUCCCGAUGGAACUCGGCCAGGAGGACUGCGGACGAUUCUUUCGCCGGGCCGGGUAGAUCUUUGCAGGGUCACGCCAACUGGCGGAAACUGUCCCCAACCUUGCUCCUCACUCUUACCUUCGCCGCACACUUUUGGGCAGCCCAUAAAUUGACAUGA